AUAAUUAGGAGAAUGGCAACGAGAGAAAGGGAGAGAGAUCGAGAGCUUCUGAUUCCCGUGACAGCAGGAAACGGUGCAGAAGAUGGUGGUGGCUCCAACUUAUCGUCUUCUUCGCCCUCCACUGCCACCUCUUCCUCCCACCACCACCACCUCCAUACCAGAGAGGCAUUUUCUAAAGUCAUUCGUAGCUGGGCUUCCAAAAAGUUUAUGUCUGGAUGUGUCAUACUUCUUCCUCUAGCCAUCACAUUCUACAUCACUUGGUGGUUCAUUCAUUUUGUGGACGGAUUUUUCUCCCCAAUCUAUGCCCAUCUGGGGAUUGAUGUAUUUGGUCUUGGUUUUGUCACCUCCAUCACUUUCAUCUUCUUAGUGGGUGUGUUCAUGUCCUCAUGGCUGGGAGCUUCUGUUCUUGGUUUGGGGGAAUGGUUCAUUAAAAAAAUGCCACUUAUAAGCUACAUAUAUUCUGCCUCAAAACAAAUAAGCGCAGCUAUAUCACCAGAUCAGAACUCUCACGCAUUCAAGGAAGUGGCUAUCAUAAGGCAUCCACGUAUUGGGGAAUAUGCAUUUGCAUUCAUCACAUCGACAGUGAUUCUACAGAGGAGUUCAGGCGAAGAGGAACUUUGCUGCGUUUUUGUACCCUCCAAUCAUCUCUAUAUUGGAGAUAUUUUCCUCAUCAGUUCAAAGGAUAUAAUGAGGCCAAAUUUAUCUGUUCGAGAAGGAAUAGAAAUUGUUAUUUCUGGAGGCAUGUCAAUACCUCAAAUAUUGACUACAGUGGAUGCACAAACCAUUCGGGCAGCUGCAAGAAUUGGCAGAAGCCCAAAAUUUGCAGUUCCACAAGUCUAAUGGCUGUAAAGAAGUUGUUUAGUUUAUUUAUUUCUAUUCAUUGAGAAAGCACAGGGGUAUUGAUCAAUGAAAUAGGUGUUACUUUUACUCCAUUAAUGAAGCAAUUUCCAACAGUACUGUAUUAACAAGAGUUGCAGUUUUACUGUUAAGAGGAAAACUCAACACUAAGGCCUUGGAUCGGGUGUUAUUGGAGUAACUAGCAAGUUCACUUAGACAAACCUCACCCCCGGAUUCUCCUUUUCAACUACUAGAGUGUAAAUUGUGACUAUGCUGAAGUUGUUUGGUUGCAUGACUUAUUUGGAUGGCUACGUUUUGAAAUUAACCUCCCAUGUAGCUUUCGUCUAUUCUUGCCAUCAUUUUCUGUAUCUUUAGGCU